CCAGCACUCAGAAUAAGUUAUAAUCAUCUCCCUCCACAUUUAAAACGGUGUUUUGUAUAUUGCUCACUGUACCCCAAGGAUUACGAAUUUGAAAAGGAUGAACUGAUCCUGCUGUGGAUGGCCGAAGAUCUUUUAAAAGCACCAAGAAAAGAAAAGACUUUAGAAGAAGUUGGUGAGGAGUAUUUUGAUGAUUUGGUUUCAAGAUCGUUUUUUCAACGUUCGAAUGAUUGUUUUAUAAUGCAUGACCUCAUGCAUGAUCUAGCAACAUUCCUUGGUGGGCAAUUCUAUUUCAGAGCAAAUGAACUUGGAAAAAAAACCAAAAUUGAUAGAAAAACUCGUCAUUUGUCUUUUGCAAGAUUCAGUGAUCUAUGCUCCGAUAUUGAUGUUUUUGAGACAGUCAAGUUUUCAAGAACUUUCUUGAUGAUCAAUUAUAGAGAUUAUCCAUUCAACAAGGAAAAGGCACCACGUAUUAUAGUGUCUAUGCUUAAGUACUUGAGAGUUUUAAAAUUUAGUGACUACAAAGGUGAGCUUGUUCUGCCUGAUUCAAUCGGUGAAUUGAUUCAUUUGCGUUACUUAAAUCUCAAUGGUACAUCUAUAGCAAUGCUGCCAGAGUCAUUGUGUAAUCUGUACAAUUUACAAACUUUGAAGUUGGGGUCGUGUUUUAAUAUGACUAAGUUACCUAGAAAUAUUCAAAAUCUUGUAAACUUGCGUCAUCUUCAAAUUCUUAAUACUCCCAUUGAAGAAAUGCCUAAAAGAAUGGGGAAACUAAAUCAAUUACAAGACUUGGAUUAUUAUGUUGUGGGCAAGCAUAAAGAGAAUAGCAUCAAAGAACUGGGAGGACUUCCAAAUCUCCAUGGUUGGUUUUUUAUUCAGAAAUUAGAGAAUGUUACCAAAGGUGAAGAAGCACUAGAGGCCAGGAUAAUGGAUAAGAAGCACAUUGCACAUUUAUAUUUGAUAUGGUCUGAAGGUAACUAUGAUAUCAUCGACUUCCAAAUUGAAUUAGAUGUACUCGCCAAGUUACAACCACACCAAGACCUGAAAUCGCUUGAAAUAAGGGGUUAUAGAGGAAAAAGAUUUCCAGAAUGGGUGGGAAAUUUUUCUUAUCAAAAUAUAACUGUUCUGCAUUUAAAACAUUGUAACAACUGUUGCAUGCUUCCUUCACUUGGGCAAUUACCGUCUCUCAGUAACCUUGUUAUUUCAAACAUGAAUUCGGUAAAGACUAUUGAUGCAGGCUUUUAUAACAAGGAUGAUUGUUCAUAUGUGACGCCCUUUCCAUUCCUUAAAUAUCUAUCCUUUUAUGAUAUGCCUUGUUGGGAGGUGUGGAAUGCUUUUGAUUCAGAAGCUUUUCCUGUGCUCGAAAAUCUGUAUAUAGAAAAGUGCCCCAAACUAAGGGGAGGUUUGCCAGAUCACCUUCCUGCUUUGAAAACACUCAGCAUUGACAAUUGUGAGCUUCUUGUCUCUUCUGUCCCAAUGGCUCCCACCCUUCGAACGUUAAACAUAGCUAACAUUAACAAAGUAGCGUUUCAUGAGUUUCCUCUUUUGGUAAAAGAUUUAAGGAUAGAAGGAAGGCCAGUGGUAGAGUUCAUGAUGGAGGCCAUCACUAACAUCCAACCUACCUCCCUGCAA